GAAAACGUCGUUACGACAAUAACUAUUAACAUCAUUGUUAAACAACAAUUAUGUGUAUUAAAAUACUGAUUUCUGUUUUAUUUUGGCUACAAAAGAAAGCAAACAUACAAAUCUAAAGUAAUAGACAGAAAACAAUUGUCGUAACAAGGAAGCAGGACCCUUUUGGAUAACAGCAUGUUACCGAGUUUCAUCGGUCUUUCAUCACAGACGAUCGAGGGGAGGGUUGUGAACAGAAAAAUCUUGCACACUUGUAAGCAUGGAAGAGGAGAAUUUAAUUGACUCUUGUAACCCAGCUGGAACUGAGAAACUGGUAGACACUGGUAACAUCGAGAAACUGGUAGACACUGGUAACACCGAGAAACUGGCAGACUCUGGUUACACCGAGAAACUGGUAGACUCUGGUAACACUGAGAAACUGGCAGACUCUGGUAACACCGAGAAACUGGUAGACACUGGUAACACUGAGAAACUGGAAGACACUGGUAACACUGAGAAACUGGUUGACACUGGUAACACUGAGAAACUGGAAGACACUGGUAACACUGAGAAACUGGUUGACACUGGUAACACUGAGAAACUGGAAGACACUGGUAACACUGAGAAACUGGUUGACACUGGUAACACUGAGAAACUGGUUGACACUGGUAACACCAAGAAACUGGCAGACUCUGGUAACACCGAGAAACUGGUAGACACUGGUAACACUGAGAAACUGGUAGACACUGGUAACACUGAGAAACUGGAAGACACUGGUAACACUGAGAAACUGGUAGACACUGGUAACACUGAGAAACUGGUUGACACUGGUAACACCAAGAAACUGGUAGACACUGGUAACACUGAGAAACUCGAGGACAGUGGUAAUCCUGAAAGCACAAAUGUUAAUGCAACGAGCAUGAAGCGACCAUUGGAAGAUGAGGACAGUGUUAAUGAUGCACAUGUUCAACUGUCUGACGAACAAAUACAGAUGAACUUCCGCAAGUCAAAUAUGGCCUGGAUAAAGCCACAGUACAUUCUGCCUAGAGAAAGCCAGAAGGCAUCACAGAAGGUACAACAGAACAAAUCUGAACCACCCUCAAAGAAGCAGAAGACAACCGGUCGCAACCGGAACCGACCUGUCGACCGAGGACCCCCAGCUGCAGAAAAAGUCUGUCCCUCCAUCAUCAUGGAACGAGAUUGUUUUUAUGGAAGUUCAUGCAAAUUCUGCCACGAUGUAGGCAAGUUUAUGGCUAAUAAGCCUCCUGACAUUGGUGACAAAUGCUACGUGUUUGAGAACUAUGGGCGAUGCUCACAAAGUAUAGCGUGUAGAUAUGGCAGUAAACACAUCGAUUCCGACUUUAAGAAUGUCGUCAACAAGGAACUGCAUGACAAAUUCUUGAAACAUCCAUUGACUAUUAACUUCCUUGUGAAGGAUGUACAGAAGCUUCUUUGGAAGAAGAAGUAUGAUUUUAGUACAGCCAAUGGAAAUGUCAAGAAGGUUCAGGCGUGGUAUAAUCGUAGAAAGGCAGCCAAUGAACAGAGACGUAAGGAGGAGAAUGGUAAAACAUUAGACUCGAACACUUCCUGUCAGAGACACUCGGGCUGUGUGACUGAUGAAGAUCUGAUAAAACUUCGUCCAGUGGAAAAGAAAAAGUUAGACCUGACAGGCAAGCUGUAUCUGGCACCACUGACUACUGUGGGUAACCUGCCAUUCCGACGUGUAUGCAAGGGUUUUGGUGCGGACGUCACCUGUAGUGAGAUGGCCGUGGCAACCAAGCUGCUCCAAGCCAACCAGUCUGAGUGGGCGCUACUCAAACGACAUCGGUCCGAAGAUCUGUUUGGUGUUCAGGUGUGUGGUUCCUACCCCGACACCAUGACCCGCUGUGCCCAGCUGCUGACCGAGGUCACCACCAUUGACUUUGUGGACAUCAACUGUGGCUGCCCCAUUGAUAUGGUGUAUAAAAGAGGAGAAGGUGCAGCGUUGAUGUCCAAGCCUAACAAGCUGGAGCAGAUAGUGAAGAGCAUGACCUCGGUGCUGGACGUUCCCCUCACCCUCAAGAUGCGGACUGGCAUCUCGUCAGACAAGGACAUCGCACACAACCUUAUUCCUAAACUACGAGACUGGGGUGUGUCUGAAGUCACGCUCCAUGGUCGAUCACGGGAACAGCGCUACACCCGUCUAGCAGACUGGGACUACAUCAACCGCUGUGCCCAACUGGCAGCACCGAUGCCCGUGUUUGGGAAUGGAGAUGUCUUGUCCUAUGAAGAAUACUACCAGUACUUGGAUACCACAGCUGUGGGGGGCAUCAUGAUAGCCAGGUGAGAGGAGUACACAGUAUUUCAUUAUU